CCUCUCCCCUGCGCAGCUCUAUCUGGGGGGCACCCAGCGCCGGGCAGGGCUCGCAGCUUGAAGCCGCCCCGUGAGCGAGGCGCGCUGCGGAGCUGCCCUUGGGGGCCGGCCGAGGGCGGGGCGGGGCGGAGCGGCCCGUGCUCCUCCUCCGUCCGUACGUGCCCGCUUCCCCCCGCCAUGCCGCUCGAUCACCGCCGCCUGCACGGCCCGGAGGACUCGCAGCCGCCGGAGCUGUGGGCAGCGCAGCCCCGGGAUGGAGGAGGAGAGGAGGAGGAGGAGGAGGAGGCGAAGAGCGGAGCGGCGCCGCGGGAUCCCUGUGCGCUCCGGCCGCUGUUCGCCCGCGCGGGGCUGCUGAGCCAGGCGGAGGGCUCGGCCUACGUGGAGCUGAGCGGCGGCACCAAGGUGCUGUGCGCGGCCUGGGGCCCGCGGGAGGCGGCCGAGCCGGGGGGGGCGGUGGGAGCGGGCCGGCUGCUGUGCGACUUCCGCCGAGCUCCCUUCUGCGCCCGCGGGGCCCGGCCCAGGCCCGGGGGGGCGGCGGAGCGGGAGGCGGAGCGGGAGGCGGCGGCGGCGCUGCGGGAGGCGCUGGAGCCGGCGGUGCGGCUGUCCCGGUACCCGCGGGCUCGGCUGGCCGUCAGCGCGCUGCUGCUGCAGGACGGCGGCUCGGCCCUGGCCGCCGCCAUCAGCGCCGCGUCGCUGGCUCUGGCCGACGCGGGGGUGGAGAUGUACGACCUGGCCGUGGGCUGCGCGCUGUGCCGCCCUCCGCCCGGCGACGACGGCUCCGCCUCGGGGCCGUGGCUGCUGCAGCCCGGGGAGGCCGAGGAGCGCCGUUCCGCCGCCCGCCUGACGGUGGCGCUGCUGCCCGCCCUCAACCAGGUGUCGGCCGUGCUGGGCGGCGGCCGCGGGGGGGAGCCCGAGGGCUGGGGCCGGGCGCUGCGGCUCGGCGUGGAGGGCUGCCAGCGCCUGUACCCCGUGCUGCGGCACUGCCUGCUGCGGGCCGCGCGGCGCCGCGACGGGGCCUGAGCUGCGCGGGGAGAAGGCCGGGACCCGGCCGCGGUGCGGCACCGGGCUGCCAGCGGGGGCGCCCGGAGCCGCCUUCGGUGCCGCUGGAGAGCCCUGGGAUAACCCGUGGCGGUGCCUGUGACCCCGGAGGCCUCGCCCGAGCUGCCCCUCGUGCUGCCAGAGACCCGCAGGACGGCCACCAGAAACGCCUGCAGCCACCACUGAUGCCAUCAGUGACCCGUGGAGCGCCCCUGGAGCUGCCCUUGGUGGUGCUGGAGACCGCCGAGGACUUCCCUGAGCUAGAGACCCCCAGGAAUGCCGCCCAGACACACCAAGCUGCCCCUGGUGCCAUCGCAGACCCCCGGGUCCUACCUGAGACACCACCAGAGACUGCCCUGAACGGAUCCAGUGCCACCAGAGACCCCAAGAGCUGCCCUUGGUGCCAGCAAAGACCCCCAGGGCCUCCUCAGACCACCCCCAAUGCCAUCAGAGACCCCGAGCCAGGCCUAGCACUGCUGGAGAUGCCGCGACGUCCCCAGCACGAUGUUACCACCACAUCCCAGCACCUCGGGCCUCGGUGCCUGCUGCCUGUGGUGCUCCGGGGCGGCAGGAAGACAUGCUUUGUUGUGUUGCUUUGGGCUUGUUUGUACAAUAAAAUAGGUUUGUUUUUUUU